AUGCUUCACUUGUUUAUUAAAACCUGCUACCUGCCUUCAGUACCCCCCAACACAGAGCCAUCAACUCAGCAGAGUUCUGAGGUUGAACAUAUUAAAUUGAGUUUAUUAAAUUGGGUUCUCAACUCGUCUGGGUUAAAUGUGUCUCCUAUUUUCCUUACAGUUUGGGCUAUUAAGGAAGUACCCGGCAUAGAGGAUUAUGAAGUUGUUUAUCCUGAGAAACUUCAUGUGCUUCAUAAACGAAACAUAGAGGAACAUGAGGACCCUGACAAACAGGAAAAAUAUGAACCCGAGGUCCAGUAUCGAAUUAUGUUACAUGGAGAAGGAGUGGUGCUUCAUCUGGAGAAAGCCAAAGAACUCCUAUCCCCGGACUACACUGAGACAUUUUAUUCCUCUACAGGAGAGGAGGUCACCACCGGCCCUCAGAUCACGGAACACUGCUAUUAUCAAGGACAUAUCCUUAAUGAAGAGAUUUCUUCUGCUAGCAUCAGUACCUGUGCUGGUUUGAGGGGAUACUUCAAGCUUCAUGAUCAAAGGUAUCUUAUUGAGCCCUUGAAGCUCACGGACCAGGAAGAACAUGCUGUCUUUAAGUAUAAUCACAUGAAACAGGAUACAAUUAACUCUACCUGUGCGGUGAAUGACUCAGGGCAAAGGAAAGUGGAGGUCCAAGUGAAAGCCUCCAGGUCAGGGGUCAGCCUGGGAAAAGAUCAAUAUAUGCAACAAAAGAAAUAUGUGGAAUUCUUCCUGGUUCUGGAUAAUACCCUGUACCAACGGUACGGUCCUGAUCAAGAUGAGCUAAGGAAGCGGGUUUUUGAUAUGAUCAAUUUUGUCAGUAUGGUCUAUAAAAGUAUAAAUGUACUAGUGGAAUUGGUUGGUAUUGAAACCUGGACAGAUGCUGAUAAGAUAAAGGUAAACCCAGAUGCAAGUAUCACCCUGGAACUUUUCAAAAAUUGGAGACGAUCGGUGCUCCCCAGAAGAAAGAAACAUGAUAUUGCUCAGUUACUCACUGGGGUUGUGUUCUCAGAAGAAAUGGUGGGAUUGGCUUUUGUCGGUACAGUGUGCUCCCCUUUUCAUUCUGUCGGUGUAAUUCAGGACCACAGUCAAAACAGGUUUAUAGUGGCAGGAACAAUAGCACAUGAGAUGGGACAUAACUUUGGGAUGACACAUGACACCGAUCAAUGUAAGUGUCCUACAGUAACCUGUGUGAUGGACCGAGCUCUGAGCAAUAACAUCCCCAGGGGUUUCAGCUCUUGUAGCCAGCUCAGCUUUAAGCGAUUCCUUAGUGGGAAAAUACCAGCCUGCAUCAUCAGAGCUCCAAAUCCUAAAGAUAUAAUAUCAACUCCAAUCUGUGGGAACCUGCUUCUGGAAGUUGGAGAAGACUGUGACUGUGGCACUCCCAAGGAAUGCACCAACAAUUGCUGUGUUGCCAAAACAUGCAAACUGAAAGCAGGAGGCCAAUGCGCAGAUGGCGAAUGCUGUGAAAAUUGCCAAAUUAGGAAGGCCGGAACUCUGUGUAGACCAGUCAAAGAUGACUGCGACCUACCAGAGGUGUGUGAUGGCCAGUCCAGAAAAUGUCCAGUAGAUAACUAUCAAGUUAAUGGAUUUCCUUGCCAAAACGGAAAAGGCUACUGCUUUAUGGGGAAAUGCCCCACCCUGCAGAAACAAUGUGCUACAAUCUGGGGAGAAGGAGUUAAGGCAGCUGAUGCUAAAUGCUAUGAAAUGAAUAAGGUUGGGUUGAUGUAUGGACACUGCAAAAAGAUAAACAACAGUUAUGUCCCCUGCCAACCUGGCCACUACCUGUGUGGGAAGUUGUUCUGCUCUGGUGGGUCAAAUAGUUUGACCUGGGAAGGAAGUGUGAUGACUUUCACGACGUGCAAAACUUUUAAUACAGAAAAGUCUGACCAAAAUAUUGACAUGGUGGCUAAUGGGACAAAAUGUGGUGCUGAAAAGGUGUGCAGCAAUGGGGAAUGUGUGGAUUUAGCAAAAACCUACAAAUCAGCCAACUGCUCCUCCAAAUGUAAAGGGCAUGCGGUGUGCAACCACAAGCUCAAGUGUCAGUGUGAAGAAGGAUGGGCACCACCUGACUGCAAAAACACUGCAGUGGUCAUGAGUGAGUAG